UAAGGCUUGUUAUUCACUAGAGUGUUGAGACGCGUACGAUAGCACUCGUAUAUAGGCUAGCGGUAGCAAUAAACCAUUAUACCUUACCAAUUGGCGAUCCAGAGACUCUGUGGCUCCCUUGUAUCUAAUUUGACAAACCAUCGAAAGCAGAAGAAAAUGCCAGACACACGCAAAGGACCAUUCACGCUCGUCACCGUCAACACGGCGCCAGACCGCGCAAAGAGACUUAUAGCGCGCAUGAUCGAGGGCCUGAGUGAUCGCUACGACAUCACCCACGUUGACAACUGCUCUUCCAUCGACCAGGUCGCGGCCAAAGUGCGGCAGCAUCAGCCGAAUGUCUUGUUCUCAGCGUCAAUGUGGUCGCCGGAGGAAGCGAUGAAAAUUCGUGCUAUUGCGGAGAGAGAACGUUCGGGUAUCAAGACCCACGCGAUACCGCAGGGCUUGCAAGUAGAGAGAGGUCCGGACGCGAUCGUCGAGUAUUUGUUGCAAAACGUACCGCCUUUACUUGACUCCGUGGAGCUAUAG